GCGCCUCUCGAUCAUCGGCGUCGAUCGAUCAUUAGCGGCGUCGCGUCAGUGCAUUUCGCGCCGCGUGAUCGUGCGUUUCGUCGCACUCGUCGUACUCGUCGUCGCGAGCGCACGUGCGAUGCAACGGGAGUGCGCGAAAUACGAAUACGCGUUUACGAACGGCUGCGUCUUCGAGGCGGUCUCGCCAAAGUGUCAACGGGAUCUCAAGCGGAAGAUCAAGCGGAACGAGUCGAUCUUUUCGCAAAGCUAAAAGUUUCGCGCUACGUGACGUGACUGACGAGUUGAAAAACGGCAAGGCGGUAAUCUGUCUUUGCUAUACAAUAGUUUCGUGCGAUAUGUUCCGUCGACGAACUCGUCUUCGCGACUGCAAUAUUAAUACUUCAUGAUUUUGAGGCAGGAUAUCGUAUUUCGCAUCUUUGGUUGCAUGAGAAAACAUUACAGAAAUUUUAAAGACGGAAACAAUGAACAAGAAUAAAAUAGUAAUAUGUGAAAUAAUUGCACGGAACUUGAGUGAAUCAUAGAUGAUUGAACCGUAAAAAAAGAGCCCUACGAGAUGAGCCCUUCGCCUACGGCAAAUCGGAGUUUCCUGCACGGGAGCGGCAAGGCUGCCCUGAUCUCCGACAAAGUCGUUUACGCCACACUCGACAGCUUAGCUCUGAAGCGAACGAGAUUGCCUCUUCAAUUGCUUCCCGUGGACAGCGAUAAUAUUGCAGACAAGACGGAAAAAUCAGACAAAGAAAAGCGACUUGUCAAUGGAAAGACUUUGCCCAAACGACCAACUUAUAAGGUGAAAUCCGGAGCGAGUCAUCAAUGGAAAAGUUACUCCAAGUGCCAGGCCUUCUCUUUGACCAAAUCGGAGAACCAGUCGACAACUUGUGCCACCAGAAUAUCAGAUUCCGGUACAAAAUGCAAUAUCGAGAAUAUCCCCAAAGAGGAAAUUCAGACAAAUGCGACAGAAGCCAUUGAAACGACUAUAAAAAGUUUAUCCUCUACAAAUUCAUUUACAAAAGAAGAAUCUUGCACUCAAGAUUUGCAAAGCGAUAAUCAUGAUGAUUUAAAAUAUCCGCAGAUAGAAGGAAAAAAUCCUUGCAUGUAUAUCAAGAUUACUGAUAAUCAGCGCGAGAAAAAAAAAUACUGUAUCGAAAGAAAAGAUUCCAAUUCAUCCAGCGAUUACGAAAAGAUGGAUAUAAUAGAUUAUAAAGUAUCUACAUUUGAUGGGACGUCUAAAAUCGAUCCUGCAAUGCCAAAUAAGACAAUUCUUGAACCCCUAACGCAUAUUUACAAAAUCGAGAAAAAUAUUCCAGUCGCUUCUAAGAUAGCCGGAAAGUCGCGGUCCGUAAAUGAUCUGGCUAUCAGAGAGACCACGUACGAAGAUCCUUUGAAAUAUUUGAAGCAGGACGCGGAGUCAACUACGAGCGACGAGGACGAUAACGCGUCGUCACGACACAAGAAAAAGAAGAGACGCUUUACUAGAAACGUAUUCCACUAUGUACCGCGGCACUUGGUAAAGCAGCCGAAGAAAAAAAAGAAAUCGAAGAAGAAGUACGCUCUGAGUAGCUCGCUGAGCUCGCUGCAAAUGACGUCCUUCUCGAAGACUCAGGGUACCUGCACCGGGACCAGAAACCUGUCGAGGGAGGAACUAAAGGGCGUGAUCAUCUCGUCGCCCACGAACUUCGUCCAUGUGGCAUCCGCCACAAAUCCCAGCCUGGUUCGCGACACCAUCGUCGGGUCCGGCUUGGAGCAAGUUGUGAUUACUCAUCAGCAGAUAUGCGCGUCUUUGCCUCUACUCGUUGGAAAGGACGAGCGACGCAAGUCUGAGAACGAGAACGCUGAACGGCCCAAGGUUACCGCAGGAAUGUCUCCCGAUGUGAUUUCCAAGCAAUCCAAAGAAAACCAAUCGGCUGUCGAAAGUGUCGCAGAUAAGAGCGAUCGAAUCAACUACACCGAGAUAAAGAACAACUCGAGAGACUUGCAGGCGGCGAAAGUUUUGGAGUCUGGCCAGGAGGUGGUGAAAACCGCGAUUGAAAAUCAGGCCGAUUCGCCAGAAGGCGAAAUGUACGAACCUGUCUGUGAGUCUUCUCCUCGGGCGCCGCCGCGGGCCAAUUGCAGCUUUCUGUGGAGUAAUCACCGCGCCAAGACUUUUCCGGAUAAGGGCGACGCAUCCGCUACGUGCCAUGCCUUGAAGGAAAACGACGAGGGCGUCGAUAGCGAGGAAUACGACGAUGUCGGGCCGUCUAACUUCGUCGCUCAAGCGGAGUCCGAUUACGACGACGUGGGUCCCCCGAUGGCUCGCUUCGACGUAGAAGAAGUCAACGCCGCUGAUGCCAAAGACUGCGACGAAAUUUACGACGACGUGAUGCCGCCUAGCUUCAAACAGGACGGUUCAACAGUCGUCGACGAGAACGAUUAUCUGGUUCCUUAUAGCGGAAAGGAGACCGAUGGGCAAAACGCAUGGAGCAAGAAGAAAUUCGCUCAGCGAUGGUCGCGGAAUGCCAGAAGACAACGGUCCAGGAGAUCUCGCAGAAGUAUCAAAACGACUGUGAUGACGAGAACGACCCACGACACUGUAGUUGACGAAGUUUCCCGCGUGUUUUUCUUAUUGCGUACGCCAAGAUUGUGUCACGACACCGAGUGGUCGCGGACGCGUCUCGCAACUUUGAGUGCGCAUCAACGAGAUGUGGCAAUGAGAGAGACGCUGAAGACCCGACGACCCAAUACCCAAGUGGCCGUCAGUCUGGGCGGCGGCUCGAUACUUCUCAUCGGCGAGCCGGACGAGAUCGCCGGAGAAUGGAGAUCGACGAGCCGGAACGACGAUCUCCAGCCGCAGCGGACCCAGGGCCUGGUGCAGCUGCGCGUCGUCAAUCUCGAUCAAGACAUGGACGUCCAGGAAGCGUCAUGUUACGUGCACGAAGAUAGCGUUUCCGAUGACAGCACGUACGAGAGCCUGUAUUCCUGUCAGCCGGAUGACUUUAGCAGCGAUUCGGAGACGGAAACGAGCGAUACGCGACAAUUGCGUCACGACGUGUCGAACGAUUGCAUGAUCAACACUGAUCUGGAAUGCCCUACGAGACCAACCCCGCCGCCGCCAAGGGAGGCCAGUCUAACACAGACCCUGGGCAGGCGAAUAAAGAUGCUGCGCAGGACCUGGAGCAUCACGAAGGGCAGCCUCGGCAGGAUCAGACGGCGAACGUCCGUGGACGAGUCCGGCUUUGACGAUAAGGAGUCGGGCAACGAGCAUCACGGCAAUGAUACCGGAAAAUAUUUCAACUUUCGUUUGAGGCAUUUCCGAAAGAGCAUCGCUAGCCCGUCGACUUUCUACCUCGAUGAGAAUGAUAAAAAUGACAAUGUUUGCGGCGCUCGCAAUAACAACAACGGCACUGUCAAGGAGGAUAUUUACACCAACAGCCAGUAUAUGGGAAGCGGCAGCGACGAUUCCUCCAAGACUCCGCGCGACAUCGAUCAUUACAGUGUCCUCGCCGAUCAAGAACCUCUCUAUCAGUUUUACGCGGCCGCAGUGGCUCGUGUUGCUUUCGAAUCUGAUUCCGAGGGCUAUGAGGAGGUAGAAGACACAAUGUGGAAAACAGAACCAGUCGCAGCGAAUCUUGCUAGAUCAGGACAAAGAAUGCUCUGGUGUCAUACUCCACAAGUAAUACACAGUGGUCUCUUACAGAAACUAACAACGGAGGAAAAGAAGAUUCAAGAGGCAAAGUUCGAGAUAUUGACCUCCGAAGCGUCGUACUUAAAUUCCCUUCGAGUCCUAGAAAACGAGUUCCUCAGUAAUCAUAUAUUAAUGAACGAAAUCCUGACGCCGGUUGAGAGGCAGAGAUUGUUCGGCGGGGUGCCGAGCGUACUGUCAACGUCGCAAACGUUCCUAGCUGAACUGGAAGCUAUAUGGAGGGAAGAUCCGAUGCUAUCGGGCUUAUCGGAAGUCUUGCUGAAGCACGCCGAAAAGUGUCAGGCCACGUACGUGGCCUAUUGUUCGAAUCAAGUCAGCAUAGACACGACUCUAAAAGAACUCAAAACUCGGAAAGGCGUAAAGUUUUUGGAAGCUAUCAAACGUAUAGAAAUGCGUCCGGCAUGCCAAAAUCUAUCUCUGCAUUCCUUCCUAAUGUUACCAAUGCAACGUGUUACGAGAUUACCCUUAUUAGCUGACGCUAUUGUUUCCAAAUUAUCGAUCGGAAAUUCAGACAGAGUAUCUUGGGAAAAAGUUCUAUCGACUUUGAGCAACGUCGUUGCCGAGUGCAACGAAGGUGCUCGAGCUGCUGCUCAAGAAGUCGAGAUGGAAGCUUUAGCGAGAAAACUAGAAUAUUCGUCCAAAAUUAAACCGAUUUUGCUGAGGGGUAAGCAGUUAGUUAGAAGCGGAUCGGUCGUGCAAUUGUCGAUGAAGACUGACACCGAAUACAAGCUCACAUUCGGAAAGAAGUUUAACAAGACACCACUCUACCUUCUAUUACUCACUGAUUAUCUUCUAGUCACGAAAUUAAAAUCCAAUGCUCACGACGAAUGCUAUACCGUCAUAGACGCAUGCAAAAGAAAUCUUCUGGCCCUGGAGUCAGCUUCCGAAGAAUCGCCGUUCACUGGACGGAAUGCUAUGAUACUGACUCUUCUGGAGAAUCAUUCCGGCCGCCAUGUGGAGUAUGUCUUGACAUGCGAAAAUAAUACCGAAAGAGAACGAUGGCUGGAGGCUGUCUCGCCGCCCAAACGUGGUUUGGUUGGCGAAACGUUAUAUGAAUCCUGGGACUGUCCGCAAGUAAUGGCCAAGUACCCGUAUUCGCCAAAUCAACCAGACGAAUUGUCGUUGCAAUCAGGAGACGUGAUAAAUGUAUUGAGAAAAAUGGCAGAUGGUUGGUACCAUGGUGAAAAAUUGUUGGAUGGUGAACAAGGAUGGUUCCCGGCGAAUUAUACGAAGGAAGUUGCAUCAGAACACGUGCGUGCGCGGAAUCUGAAGCAACGACACCGUCUGUUGGCACUCAGCAGUAGCGUGAUACAACAGAGAAGGGCGAGACAGAACCAGGGGAUUCAUUGAUAAAAUUAAAAUGCGACGGAAAUGCGAGUCGCUCAGAGAUAUUGUGAUAUUGUCUAUAAAUUAUUGAGUGUUUAUACAUAUGUAAUUUCACGUUACAACAGUAUUUCAUAAUCAAUAAUUGUGUGCCAAUGUAAUAUUAUUCGUCGCCAAAGUAUGAGAAAUAUUUUCUAAAAUCCUUUUACCAUAACAUAUUGAAACUAUAGGAAAUUGAUAAAAAUGAUGGUAUUUUACAUAUAUAUUGUAUA